GAGUUUGUUGCUGUACGGGUCCAAGACCCACGAGUACAAAAUGAGGGUUCCUGGAACUCCUAUGUGGAUUUUAAAAUAUUUCUUCAUACCAACAGUAAGGCCUUCACAGCAAAGACUUCUUGUGUGCGCCGGCGCUACAGCGAGUUUGUCUGGCUGAAGAAGAAACUUCAGAAGAAUGUAGGGCUGGUGCCUGUUCCUGAGCUGCCCGGCAAGAAUUCCUUCUUUCAUUUCAACAAUGAGGACUUCCUAGAAAGGCGCCGGAAGGGCCUUCAACAGUUCUUGGACAAGUUGGUACCUUCCACAUUACCAGCCUUAACCCACUCAGACAACAUCAUCCAAUGACAGUGAACUUCUUAGAGAGUGUGACGUAUCCCUGUGUCUACAUUCAGAUUUUUCAGAUCAGUACUAAAGAUUUCUGCAAAUUAGCUUUAAUUGGGGAUAUUAAUGUAGAUGUAUAAAAUGGGCAAUUGCUUGAAAUGGCAUUAAACAUGAUUCUAUUUAACCAGCUAAAUCUCAAAUUUUUCAGUUUUAGAUCUAUAUGAAUAGCAAAUAAUUGGACAUAAAGUUUUUUUUGUUUUGUUUUGGGAAGUUAGAGAGUAUAAUAAUUUUUCCGUAGGUGUGCCUGUGUGAGUGAAUUGUGUGUGUGUGCCCCGUGAUGGGUUGGUGCCCCAUCCUGGGUUGUUCCCUGCCUUGUGUCCAUAGGUGUGAGUGAAUUGUGUG